AAAAACCUACCCCUAUUCUAUCGCCCUGCACUGUAACAAAUCUUUUUUCACAACUGUCAUCUACGCAGCUCCAGAAGGAGGUAAACAAAAAGGAACAGGAAGCGGCCAAUAUAACCUCUCAGCUUCGCAGUGUACCGUACCAAAUACAAUCGAACAAGAAGGAUUCAAAGUUAAAUAAAAAGCGGAGGAAAUAAGCAAAAUGCAAUAUUGUCAUUUGGUUGUACUUUGUCUGGUCAGUCUGUCGCUGAUUCAAAGCGUGUCCGCGGACGGCAAACUGAAGAUAGGCGUCAAAAAACGCGUCGAAAAUUGUACCGUACGAACCAAGAAGGGUGAUCUGGUGCACAUGCAUUAUACGGGAACUCUUGAAGAUGGAACCGAAUUCGAUAGCAGCAUUCCGCGUGGAAAUCCGCUUACCUUUACGCUCGGAAUGGGCCAGGUGAUUAAGGGAUGGGAUCAAGGACUGCUUGGGAUGUGCGAAGGUGAGAAACGGAAGCUUGUCAUCCCGCCAGAGCUGGGUUACGGAGAGCGUGGUGCCGGUGAGAAAAUUCCACCUAACUCCGUUCUCAUUUUUGAGGUAGAACUGGUGAAAAUCGAACGAAAAACAGAACUGUAAUUGUGCCAGACAGAGCAGAGAAUAUACGCAACUGAAUUCUCCUAAGUAAACAA